AUGUCUCUAAACCUUAUGACCAACACACACAAUACUGAAGAAAAUUUCUUGAAGAUGAUUUUCUCUUUGUCGAUGGUCAAUAAGAAGCAGAAAGAAGAGGCUUUACAUGUCUUGUGCAAUUACUUUCAAAUUGAAAUUUUCGCCAUUUGCGAAACAAACGCCCUUUCAACCUCAAGAUUACUGUUCAUCGUGGCUUUAGUAACAAUCAAGGCGUUUGGUAUCGCAACUUGCGAUUGUUUUGAGUUUCAACUGCAGAAGAAAGCUAUUAAAAUGCGUGAGGAAAGAAGAUCUCCAUAUGGAAUAGAGAUGAAGAAUGCAAUAGCAAUUACAGUUCUGUGUGUACUCAAGUGUUUUCAAACACUCCACACGCAUUUCAAUGGAAUGACUGAAAAUUUAUUUAUUACUGUUUAA